AUGGUUACGUGCCGUCGACAAGCGAGUUGUUGCAAUCGGGUUUGUGCGCCGGAUUUCGUGAUCGGGACCAAGCGUGCUAGCGGCUCGCGGGGGAGCCCAGGUCCAGGCCUCGAUAGGCGAGUUGGCGAGUUUGGCGAGAACUGCUGGGGGGCUGACGGCCCCCAAUCUGUGGUUCAGUAUCAGCCAAGCGUAGGUAAUAAGUACGCCUCCGAGAUGCGAGCGUCACCCGGUCACUUCGAAUAUUCGUGGUUCCAGCAGAUUGUUUCGCUUUGGAGGGGGGCAAAGGGCACGAGGACUGCCGACCUGCUGGUGUGGUCGCCGAAUUUGGCAGAGGUGCGGGCUCAGUCACGGCCAGACCGGGCGGAGCCCGCAGCGGCGCAUCUUCCUAACAACCCCCGAUAUAUCGAGCCACAGCGGCCCAACGACGUUCAACAACCUAAGCAACGGGUCACAACUCAGAGAAUAGCUACACAAGAAUCUAUGGCAGCCGAUCGUGACAUCAACCGCCUUCCCGGCAUCUUACGCCUCACUCCCGACACGCGACGCCGCAUCUACCUGCACAGCGAGAUAGCGUACAGACAGUAUUAUUCCGAGAGAUGGCCCGGGCUCUACAACCUAGGCGAGUCGGCUGUCGAGGCGCAGAGGACGAAGGCUGAGGGAUUUAGUACAUUCUAUGGCUUGCUGCUCUCCUGUCGAACCAUCUACGCUGAAGCAUCAGCCUUGCUAUACUCAGCAAACCGGUUCAUGGUCCGUUACCAACCCUGGCGGUCCCUUGCCCCCCUGCGUGCUCUGACCCCUCGCAUCUUGGCCCACCUGGCCGACCUCAAGAUCAUACUCAACCAGACUUCCUGCCACGAACAGGAAACCGAGCAAGCCAGCGGCGCAUGCUGCGGCGGCGGCACGACCAAGUCGGCCGCACCAUGCGGCAUCGUCGAACAUGUGUACGACCACGACAUUCCUCUCGACAAAUCAGAUUUGGCUGCCGAGACUCUUUUUGCAGAGUGGCACGCGACCGUCGCCUAUCUAGCGGCGCACAUUAUCCCUGGACAACUGGAACUGACCUUGGUCUGUGAUGUGCACUACGCGGGCGUCGAAACGGCCAAAGUCGUGCUGGACAGCCUCCAUUUGUUGCCGCGGCUUAAAAACUGCCACAUCCGGCUCUGCGGUGUCCGCGAGCCCCGGCUUCAGCAGCUCGCCCAGGAUGCUGUUUUACGCGCCCGCGGUAUCCAAUUCCCCAAUCACUCGGCGGCGGCGUCUUCAGUCUCUGUUACCCCUCGUUUGACCAACCUCCCGCGCGAGUUACAGCUUCGUAUCCUCGAGUAUACCGAUCUCGUCACUCCCCACAAAGAGGUUUUGUGGAGUAGGAAAUCGCAGGGGUAUCACAUAUCGAGGCCCCCAUGCUAUAGAAUGAUGCGCCGUUGCCCGCCCGAGUUCCACUACGGGUGUCAGUUUCUCCUAUGUUGGGAAACGCCGUGGCCAAUUCCAUCUAACGGCUGUUUCUGCCGCCGCCAGCACGCUGCCGUUUCCUCCCGAUGCAGAUGUUGGGAGCCGCCAACCCCUUUGUUCCUCGUCUGCCGGUCUCUCUACUCAGAGGCGAACCGCGUCUUUUACAGCCAAAACCGCGUAGUCGUCAUCGAAGCCCCGUAUAAAAACCCCUAUACGCCUUGGGCACCGGGCGAUUACCCACACCCUGUCUUCGCGGUGAGCCGGUUUUUACGGCACGUUGUCCCCCUCCACUGCCUUAGAUACAUCCGCUUCCUCGAGCUGGUGUUUGCCCCCUUCAACCAUCUGAGUAGGCCACGAGACGGACAUCCCGCGCUGCUGGACUGGCCCGAGACCCUCGAUUGGGCCAAGCAGGAGCUCAACCUCCCAGGACUAACCCUGCGUUUGGUCAUGGCGUUCAACGACGAAGACCGACCCACAGGGAGCUGGGGAAUGACACGAGCCCAGGGGAAAGAAGUCCUGGCGCUCUACAACUUAAUCCUGCUCCCUGUGCGGCGCCUGGACCCGGCGGGGGGCGGCUUGGCACGGUUUUAUGCCGAGCUGGUCUGGCCCCUGAGAUGGACAAGCUGGGCGCGGCAGAAGAGAGACGAGGAAGGGGGGGAGGACUGGCUCGCCUCCAAAGGAGAAGAGCUUAAAAGACGUGCCGAGCAAUCUAUCAUGGGAGAGAGGUAUGAGCGUGUCCAGGCCGUGACUCAGGAACCGCAGGAGAGCCUCUGGACAUGGUCUUCGCUCUCUCACAUAUACUAA